AUGAAGUUUCAGCAGUUUAUGAGUGCUGCAGCUCUUGUGGGCCAUGCUAGUGCCUUUUAUGGCAAGUUGGCUGCCUCCGGUUAUGAAGCCAACGAGGGUGGUACCUUCCAAAUCAUCUACCUAACCGACUACAAUACCGGCUCAACCUAUUCAGGAACCCUUCAUGGAGGCUUCAAUUCCUGUACCAGCAAUGAAUGUUCAGUUGGGUUCUCUGAGACAAGCCCUGGUGGCUACGAGUUUAGUGCCAAGUUGUGGCGGACAAGCGACGGUUGCCACAACAUUGACUUUGAGGGAGGUCUGAAUUCUCACCAUGGCUAUUGCUGCGGCUCUCUGCCCUGUGACAUCAAUGCCUAA